AAAUCCUCACAAAUCACACUCGAGAGCUCCCAUCUCGGUCUCCUUGGUCAUAGCCAGUACCGAUGUUUUCAUUAUUUUGCCGUUGCUCCACCGUCUUUGCUCAAUUGGACAAGCAUAUCACCUCCUGAUCUAGAUCUCCAGGUUUGUUGUUGGGCUAUAACAUCUAAUGUAAAUGCAGUCAUAUCAUCAUAUUUUAAUAUGGUCGCAGCUCUUCAUGGUGGUGUGCUUUCUGUUUCAAUUCAUUUUCAACCAGAUUACUCAUCUAAACUUCCGAAGGUCUCUUUCGGCACCAAGUUUUUUCAUCCAAACAUUGAUAGUAAUGGGAGCAUCUGCCUGGACAUCCUCAAGGAACAGUGGAGUCCUGCCCUGACCAUAUCCAAGGUUCUCUUAUCAAUCUGCUCACUUCUAACGGACCCAGACCCGGAUGAUCCGCUGGUGCCUGAGAUCGCACACAUGUACAAGACUGACAGAGCGAAAUAUGAGUCCACUGCUCGCUCCUGGACUCAGAAGUAUGCCAUGGGGUAGAGAGAAAGAAGGCCCUGAACUAUGGCUUCUAGUUUUAAUUUAUUAUGAAUGCAUAUAUAGUUUUGUCUAGUGUUUUUUUCUGUUAGAUGGUAUCAACUAUAUAUAUAUUAUGGUGACUAAAAACUGGUAAUUAUGUUGUGGCUUUUGUUUGCAA